AAGCUGAAAGUUGAAAAAUACGCUUCGAAACCACUCUCGCUCGCUCCGAAAGAAAAACAAAAACCCCAUUCUCGCUUCCACCGGGGCCAAAGCUGCCUCCCUGAUUUGAUAAAACUCAGGAAAUUAUUUUCCAACUUUUACUUCAUUGAUUUGCCUUCAGUUGCAGACGGUGAUGGCUUCUUUAUUCAAGGAUCAAUCGAAGCUUUCACAAUAUCGGGAUAGAAGAUUUCCUGGAUCACAGGAGGAAUUUGAACAAGCACUCCUGGCAUCAACGACUGUUUAUAUUGGGAAUAUGUCAUUCUACACAACAGAAGAGCAAGUUUAUGAGCUUUUUUCUCGUGCUGGAGAGAUUAAGAAGAUAAUUAUGGGCUUGGAUAAAAAUACCAAAACGCCUUGUGGUUUUUGUUUUGUCCUAUACUACUCUCGAGAGGACACUGAAGAUGCUGUAAAAUAUAUUAGCGGGACUAUUCUUGAUGAUCGUCCUAUUCGUGUGGAUUUUGAUUGGGGAUUCCAAGAAGGAAGGCAAUGGGGUCGAGGGCGAAGUGGUGGACAGGUGCGCGAUGAAUAUCGUACUGAUUAUGAUCCUGGCAGAGGUGGAUAUGGUAAAUUAGUUCAACGAGAGUUAGAAGCUCAGAGAACGCUAGUAGAUUAUGGUACUGGAUCUUUGGGCACUUUCCCUCCAGUCAUGCCACCUCACUAUGGUAGACAUGGUGGAGGCCAUAAUCAUGGGGGUACUCAUCGGCCUGGUAGAGGUGACUAUCAUCGGAAACGACAUCGAGAUGAUGACCACCACUCAUAUGAGAGCUCAAAGAGAAACUCGGAUUAUGAAUCCCGAAAGAACUCUGAUCACGAAUCUAGACCGGAGAAAAAUCCAAGGUUUCGUGAGAGUGGCGACUCAGAUGAUGAAGAAGAUGAGCAAAAGCGACAAUCUUGAUCACAUUCUCACUGCUGGGCAUUGACUGAUACUUCAGGGCAUUUCUGCAAUCGGAUAGAAAGCAAUGGUGUCCAAAUUUGAAUGUGGACUGAAUUGUGCCGUAGACAACUUGAAGACGUCAUUUUCUUUACUCUCAUUUUAUUUCUUGAAGGCUUAGUUUCUGCACCUAGUCCUGCACAGGAGAUUGAUCAGCUACAUAUGUUCAAAAUGAAGUAUUUUAACAUCAUAUUGUUAAUUGUAUGGGAAAAGAAUUAGUGCAU